CUCGCAUGGCGGUGCCCCGCACCUGCAACCAUUACGGAAAUGAGCUGCGUCAAAUUGUUUUAUUCGACGAUAGUAAAUAUAUUUUUUUUUUCGCAAUGAAAACUGAGGAAAAAGAAGGGAAACUUUCUGGAAAGUUUCUCCACAUCUGUGAGACGUUUUUUCCCUUUCUCUUGUCGAAUUGAAAGUGCGUGAGAUGGAGUCACCAGGCCAGGAUGUCACACAAACACCUGAGGGUGAAGAUGACAACAAAAAUGCCGUUCCCACUCAGGAGAAGGAAGAUGAGAGGAACGCUAAUGAAAACAUUGAAAACGACAAGAUGGAAAACAAUGGAGACGAUGCUGACAAAGAUACUACUCCAGUUACCGCGGAGGAAAUUGAAGGUGAGAGUAACGCCAAUGACAAGGACAACAACGGUGCCAAGGACGAAGGCAACGACGUCCCCGCCGAUGACAGCAACACUGAAAUCACCAACGACGACAGUAAAGAGACCAGCACGAACAAUGACGAAGACAGUAAAGAGAACAGCUCGUGCAACAACAACGAGGAAGAGAAGAACGACGAGGAGAAACUUGACGACGAGCCCGUUGAAGUCGUUGAACAAAUCGACCCCUUGGAAAUCUUAAGGAAGAUUUGUGAUAAGUUCAUCCGUCGCGUGGAUAUUUCAGGCGUCACCAAAGAAUCGUGGCAGGAGGAAAAUGUCAAGUCGCUUGAACGCUUUAUCGAGGACACCUCCAUUCCCACCUUGAUGGUCUACUUGGACGCGAGCUUGACGUUGCAGGUGGAAUACACCGUUCCCACACAGGUACAGUGGACGAAGCAGCUGGGCUACUUUAUCCGUGAGCCUGGAACAGUGAUUACGUCGGAGAACUUCUACGAAGACGUCGAAUACAGCACGGUGCAGGGCGACCCCACCGAGAGCUUGCUUCACUUUCUGACCAGUUUGCAUUCGGAUGAAAAUGACAUCAGCAGCGAGUGGGAAGCGGGCAUCAAGGACAACUACAUUAACGGCAUGCAUACCUAUCUGGCCAUCCUCACAGAUAAUGUCAGUAAGAAGGAAGGUAAGACAGUGCUGUACAUCCCAAUGGAAGGCCUGAACGACAGUGCCGCGGAAGGCAGCAAGGACACCCGUCUCGUGCAGAGGAUGGAAUCCGUCUUAAUCCACUGGUCGGAUCAGAUCAAGGAGCUGAUGAACAUACAAGACACGGGCAGGAACGACAACACCGGCCCGCUCCAGGAGAUCGCGUACUGGGAGAGUCACUCCAAAAAGUUACAAGACAUGAGUAAGCAGCUGCAGAAGCCCGGCGUCAGGCAUAUUCAGAAACUACUGGGGCUGGCCAACUCGUUAUAUGUCAAGCGCUUUACGAAAUUGUCCUCGGAACUCCAGGAUUUGUCAAUGGAGGCGCAAUCCAACUUGAACUUCCUGUCCUUACUAGCGGGCCCAUGCGAAGAAUUGCGUACUCUUAACAUCAGCGAAGUGGGUCCCAAGCUGCAGCACAUCAUUUACGUCAUUCGCAUCAUCUGGAAUAACUCCACCCACUACAACACCAAGGAGCGCAUCACGGGCCUUUUCCUAAAGAUGAGUUAUGAGAUAAUCAACCUGUGCAUCAAGACCAUCUCGUUGGACAGGAUCUUUGCAGGCUACGUGAUCUCCAGCAAGAAAAACCUUACCACCUGCAUCCAGUGCUGUCUGACCUGGAAGAACAUGUACUCCCAAGUCUCUAAGGUGCACGACGAGAAUUCGCCAAAAGGCUGGACGCUGGACCAAACAAAUAUUUUUGUCCCGAUUGAUGCCUGCAUUCAAAGAAUGAAAGACUUGGUUGAGGUGUGCAACACCCAGCAGCAAUUUGCCCGUUGGGAAGACGGGGACCAAAGACCGUUGCCGUGGUUCAGCGGUUACCAGGGCCCGGAACAGACCCUUUCCCUUGUGAAGAUCGAGGCCAAGUUCCAGCACGGCCUUCAGAUCCUUCGCUCCGUUGACCGAGGCAUCCUGGAGGUGGAGAACACGGCAUGGCUGAUUGAGUUCAACAGGUUCCGUGCGUUUUUAAAGGAUCUGGACAUAAUGCUACAAAACUUGAUCGUCUCGGUGUUCCAGACCGUGAACUCGGUGGAGGAAGGUCUUCGGCUGAUGGACAUUUUUAAAACCCUUUCUGCCCGCGAUUCCAUCAAGAGCAAAAUAACAGAGAUGGUGGAUGCAAUUUAUGGGAUCUGCAAGAAGGAGAUUGCGAUGCUCAUGAGACAAAUUGAUGAGAAGAAGGUCGGCAUCCCCGACUACCUGCCAACUUUGGCUGGUCAAGCCCAUCGAGCGAGGGCCGUUAAAUACCACUUGGAAAGCCUCAUGGAGGUGCUCCAAAAGAUCCCCGUCCAGAAGGAGUCACACAUCUGCAAGCAGGUGCGGACUUUCUACGACCAAUCCAUUCAGACUCUGAAUGACAUGGUGACGCAGAAGUUUGCCGAGUGGCACCAGAGUCUGGAGCUGCAAUACACCAAGAAGUUGGAGCGGCCCCUUUUGCUGCACGGCAAGGACAACCGGAUCGAGGUCAACUUUGACAGCAAUCUAUUGAACCUCUUUGCCGAGAUCAAGUCAUGGAGUCGCCAGGGUCAUGACAUCCCAGACUUUGUGAACGAGAUUUACCAGGAUCGCGAAGGACUCCGAUGCCUCAGGGAACGAGCGCUGCACCUGGCCCGGGACUACAACCGGAUCAUCGCAAUGCUUUCUCCCCUGGAGCUGGGUUUGUUUUCCAAGAAAAUCCACAUCCUUGACAAAAAGAUUCAACCGGGCUUCACCAAACUCUACUGGAUGUUUAAAAUUUCCUCCAAUACCUUUGUCAAGGAUUGCAUCGAACAUAUUUCCAAGUUGCAGGUGAUAGUUGACGGUUUCAAAGCAUCCAAUCUGACCAUCAGGAACCUCUGCCGCCAGAUCAGUGAAACCCUUCUUGUUCGGCUGGAUGGGAAGAGUCUCUACAGGAAUUGGGAGUUUGAGAACGACCAGAGAACUCACCGGCUGCGACAGCAAGAUCAAAUGCGCGGUGCUCUUCAGCGCAUCGUUGACAUCAUGGUCGACCUCCACAACACCUUCGCUAAAGAUGGACCCGAGGUUCAGGUGCACUGGGUCACACACACGGGGAAUGUGGACCACAUGCUGGAGCAGGCCCUCCGUACCAACGUCAAGCGCUCCAUGCAGAAGUUAGCGCAGGCCAUCAACGGAGACCGCAAGUCCUCACCCACCCCUUUGUUUCGAGUACUGUUGUCGCUACGCCAAUCGGACCUCAGAUCCGAUCUCAGGGUUGAGUUCUCGCCGUCUCUCCGAGACCUGGGUCAGAUCUUGGACGUUCUACCUCAGCUGAUCAACACCGUCUCCAAAUUCAAGCGACUGCCCCAGCUGCUCUCCUGCGAACAGUCCCACGAGACUCCCAUACACGUCAACAUCGAAAAUGAUGAAGAAAUAAAAGGCAUUCAGGCUGCAGUUGGUGCAGGCAUGGCAGCCACCGCCAACCAUCUCAAGGAAUAUUUAACAACUUGGGACAAGUAUCGGGACAUUUGGGAGACCAACAAGGACAACUACAUACAACGUUACCAAAAGCUGAAUCAACCAGUCGCCUCCUUCGAUGCAGACAUCCACAGGUACACAGAAAUCGAAACGAGCAUCCAGCAGGAGGAGACGGUCACCAACUUCCAAUUCAUUGUGCUGGACUGCUCGCCGCUUAAGACCUCGCUAGUGCAGCACUGCAGCCGCUGGCAAACCAAGUUCAUGCAACUCCUCGUCCGCAUCGCCGGCAACUCCCUCAAAGACAUGCACGCCUCCAUGAAUCGGAACGCCAAGAGGUUGGGUGAACCCAACGCAACUCUAGCGGAACUCAGCGAGAGCUCGGCGCUCCUGGAGUCCUUCCAAGGCAAUUUAGCCAAGACCGAGGCGGCCAUUGAUCUAAUCCAUGAACAAUUUGCUGUUCUGGACAAAUAUGGUUUCCCUCUUGAUCAGAAUCUUCAAGACCUGCGUGGGACACUAAACACCAAGUGGGAGUGGUUCCAGCAGGUUCUUACCGACAGCGAAGUCAUGCUGCAAGGACAAAAGCAUAAUUUCAAGAGCGACUUGCUCAGCUCCUCUGAUGAGCUGAAUGAGAAAGUCCUCACCGCCAUGGAGGAGUUCAACGCCUCAGGUCCGUUCGAUCCUGCCGUUACCACCAGCUUGGCCCUGAGGAUGACCGCGGAGCACCACAAACAUCUUGAGACUCUCAAAGAGGAGGAGAACUUUAUUCUGAACGGCUUGAGCUUCUUCAAGAUAGAGCAGGAACCUUCCAAAGCCAUCCAAGCUCUGGAGAAGGAUAUGGACUUCUUGCAGCAGGUCUGGGAGGUCACGCAGGAGUGGGAAACCAACUGGAACGAAUGGAAAGGUGGACAGUUGGCCACCCUUCGCACUGAGAACAUGGAGACCAAAGCGCAGGAUAUCUAUAAAAUCCUCCACAAACUCCAGAGACAACUCAGGGAUAAGAACUGGGAAAUUGUGGAUGUGUCCAAAAAAAAGGUUGACCAAUUCAGGAGAAUCAUCCCUCUUAUUGCUGACUUGAGGAACCCAGCCAUGAGAGAAAGACACUGGAAGGAGAUCUGUAAUGAGGUGCAGAGCUCCUUUGAUCCCACGAGUGCUGAUUUCAACCUGGAGAAGAUUAUUUCCCUGGGUUUCGACAAGUAUUCGGAAAAGAUCAACGCCAUCUCCGGAGCCGCCAGCAAGGAACUCUCCAUAGAACAGGGUCUGGAAGAGAUUGUCAAGACGUGGGAGGAGAUGAUCCUGGAUAUUAUACCUUACAAAGAGAAAGGCCACUUUCGUCUCAGGGGCACAGAGGACGUUUUCCAGGCCUUGGAAGACAACCAGGUGACCUUGUCCACCAUGAAGGCUUCUCGAUUUGUCAAAGCUUUUGACAAACAGGUGGACAUUUGGGAGCGUCAGCUGUCCCAAGUUAUGGAAAUCAUCGAGAUGGUGCUCACGGUGCAGCGCCAGUGGAUCUACCUUGAGAAUAUUUUCCAAGGAAAGGACAUCAGGGAGCAGCUACCGAAAGAGUGCAAGGAAUUUGAAGAGAUCAGUUGCAGUUGGAAGAUCAUCAUGACACGGCUUUAUGAGAACAACAACGCCCUGCAGGGAACACACCACCCUGGCUUGCAGGAGCUAUUAUCCAGCAUGAAUAGCAAGUUAGAGGAGAUCCAGAAAGCCCUGGACAUGUACCUGGAGACCAAGAGGCAGAUAUUCCCCCGAUUCUACUUCCUGUCCAACGACGACGUUCUGGAGAUCCUAGGCCAGUCGCAGAACCCGGAGGCCAUGCAGCCGCAUCUCAAGAAGUGUUUCGAUAACAUCAAGAGCCUGCGCACCGAAAAGGCGAGUCGCUUGAAGACAGAAGAGGAGCGCAUCUCUUACGUUGUGUGUUUAUGUCUCCUGCAGGUGCUCAGAAGGUUGGACGCCACUGCCAUGUUCUCCUCGGAUGGAGAGAUGGUGGAAUUUAUCAAGGCGGUCCCACUGGACAAGGCUGUGGAGAUUUGGCUGUGCGAUAUUGAGGUAGCCAUGCGCGCCACUCUCAAGAAUUGCCUCUACGACUGCAUGGUUGCGCUCAAGAAGAUGAAAAGCCAGAGGGACAAGUGGUCCAAAGACUGGCCAGGACAGAUGCUCAUUACAGCCAGCCAGAUCCAAUGGACAACGGAUGUCACGCAUUCCCUCGCUAGCUGCAAGGAGACGGACGACAAGGGCCCUCUUAAAACCAUGAUGAAGAAACAGGUGUCCCUUCUUCGGCGAUACUCCGAUAUGAUCCGUAGCAACCUGUCCAAGGUUUUGCGUCUGAAGAUCGUCGGCUUGGUCACAGUGGAGGUCCACGCGCGUGAUGUCAUCGCCAAACUGGCCAAGGCGGGCUGCAACGACGUCAACGCAUUUGAGUGGCUGUGCCAGCUGAGACUCUACUGGGAGAAGGAUCUGCACAACUGCAUCAUCCGACAGACCAACACGCAUUUCAAAUACGGCUACGAGUACUUGGGGAACUCCGGCCGGCUUGUCAUCACUCCGCUCACAGACAGGUGUUACAUGACCUUGACGACGGCGCUCCAUCUGCAUCGAGGCGGCUCUCCCAAAGGGCCCGCUGGCACCGGGAAGACGGAGACCACAAAAGAUUUGGGUAAAAGCUUAGGGAUGUACGUGAUCGUCAUCAACUGCUCCGAAGGACUCGAUUACAAGUCCAUGGGCCGCAUGUUCUCCGGCCUGGCGCAGACGGGAGCGUGGGGCUGCUUCGACGAGUUCAACCGAAUCAACAUCGAGGUGUUGUCCGUGGUGGCCCAGCAGAUCCUCUCCAUUCUGUCCGCCUUGUCGGCGCUGCAAACCAGGUUCCAGUUUGAGGAGCACAACAUCGCCCUGGUGGCGUCAUGCGGCGUCUUCAUCACCAUGAAUCCAGGUUACGCCGGUCGUUCCGAGCUUCCGGAUAACCUCAAGUCCAUGUUCCGACCCAUCUCCAUGGUGGUGCCCGACUCUACUCUAAUCGCUGAGAUCAUUCUGUUCGGAGAGGGCUUCAAUGACUGCAAGCUACUAGCUAAGAAGGUGUUCACCCUUUACUCCCUGGCCAUGCAGCAGUUGUCCAAACAGGACCAUUACGACUUUGGCCUCCGGGCGCUCACCUCCUUGCUUCGCUAUGCCGGCAAGAAGCGACGCGUUUGCCCCAACGUCCCCGGUGAAGAGGUCUUGCUCAUGGCCAUGAAAGAUAUGAAUAUUGCGAAACUGACGUCAGCCGACCUGCCGCUAUUCAACGGGAUCACCCAGGACUUGUUCCCUGACGCGGAAACGCCCGUGAUAGAUUACGGCAAGCUCAAGGAAGCCAUCCAGGUGGAACUUCGUCAGAAAGGCCUGCAGGUCACUCCUUUCACAGUGACAAAAGUCAUCCAACUCUACGAGACCAAAAACUCACGACACUCGUCCAUGUUGGUGGGCAAGACGGGCUGCGGUAAGACUGUCACGUGGAAGACGUUGAAAAAUUCCCUCAUUGCCUUGCGCAACAAGGAAGAGCCCGGCUACGAGCUUGUGCAGGAUUAUCCCCUGAAUCCGAAAUCCAUGAGUCUUGGGGAGCUGUAUGGUGAGAAUGACCUCGCCACCAAUGAGUGGUCUGAUGGAGUCCUCUCGUCUGUCAUGAGAACGGCCUGCGCAGACGACAAACCGGACGAGAAGUGGAUCGUAUUUGACGGGCCGGUGGACACGCUGUGGAUCGAGAGCAUGAAUUCUGUCAUGGACGACAACAAGGUGCUCACGCUCAUCAACGGGGAGAGAAUCUCCAUGCCCGAGCAGGUCUCCUUGCUGUUUGAAGUGGAGAACCUGGCGCAGGCCUCUCCCGCGACAGUGUCCCGCUGCGGGAUGGUCUACAAUGAUUACGUCGACCUGGGUUGGAAGCCAUUUGUCAAGUCCUGGCUGGAGAAACGUGAGAAGGCCGAGGUGGCACAUCUGAAGCCUUUGUUUGACAGUUUCAUUGAGAAAACACUGACCUUCAAAAAGAAAAACUGCAAGGAGCUGAUCCCCAUCACCGAACUCAACGGCCUCGUUUCCCUCUGCCGCCUCUACGACGCCCUGACCACAAAAAAGUUGAACAUGUCUGACGAGGAGAACCUGGGUCGGGUCGUGGAGCUCUGGUUCACCUUCAGCCUCAUCUGGUCCAUUUGUGCCUCCGUCAAUGAGGAGGGCCGCAAGAAGAUGGAUACUUUUCUACGGGAGUUGGAUGGCACAUUUCCCAUUAAGGACACAGUCUACGAGUACUACGUAGACACCAAAAGCAAAUCCUGGGCUCCGUUUGAAAACAAACUGCCAAAGGGCUGGCGCUUCAAUCCCAAUGCUCCGUUCUACAAGAUUAUGGUUCCGACAGUUGACACGGUCCGCUACAACUUCUUGGUCACGGCGAUGGUGAAUGCUCAGUACCCGGUGCUGCUCAGCGGGCCGGUCGGCACCGGGAAGACCUCGGUGAUUCACGGGGUCUUGCAUAGUCUGGACAGCGGCAAGUGGUCCACGCUCACUAUCAAUAUGUCCUCGCAGACCACCUCCAACAACAUCCAGGCUAUUGUGGAGAGCCGCUUAGAGAAGAGGACCAAAGGUGUGUAUGUCCCUGUGGGCGGGAAAGACCUGCUGUGUUUCCUGGACGACCUCAACAUGCCAGCUCACGACGACUUUGGUUCACAACCGCCACUGGAGCUGAUGCGCCUCUGGAUCGACUACGGCUUCUGGUUUGACCGUCAGAAGCAGACCACCACGUAUGUCAAGAAAAUGUCUCUGCUGGCUGCCAUGGGCCCCCCUGGAGGUGGAAGGACUCAUAUUUCUGGCCGCCUGCAAAGUCGUUUCAACGUCAUCAACAUGACCUUCCCCAACGACUCCCAAAUCAAGCGCAUCUUCAGCACCAUGAUUAACCAGAAGCUUCAAGUUUUUAAGGAGGACCUCAAGCCCGUCGGAGAGCUUGUCACCCAGGCUACUUUGGAGCUGUAUUAUUCGGUUACGUCUCGUUUCCUUCCUACUCCGGCCAAGACGCACUACCUCUUCAACCUCAGAGAUAUCUCCAAGGUGUUUCAAGGUCUGCUGAGAUCGCAUCCAGAAUUCCACGAUAGUAGAAACAGCAUGGUUCGACUGUGGAUCCACGAGUGCUUCAGGGUUUUCUCCGACCGACUUAUCGACCGCAGUGACAUGGAUACCUUCAUCACGUUGUUGGGGGAGAAGAUGGGCUCCAUCUUUGACCUUGUUUUCCACAAUAUCUGCCCCGAUAAGCAACCCCCAGUAUUCGGUGAUUUCCUAACUGAUUCCGGAGUGUACGAAGAUCUUCUGGACAUGGCGAGUCUCAAGAAGUUCAUGGAGACCCAGCUGGAGGACUACAACCUGACGCCCGGUGUCGUGCCCAUGAACUUGGUCCUCUUCAGGGACGCCAUUGAACACAUAACCCGCGUGGUCCGCGUGAUCAGCCAGCCGAGGGGCAACAUGCUGCUGGUGGGCGUCGGGGGCUCGGGUCGACAGAGCUUGUCCAGGAUGGCGGCUUUCAUCUGCGAGUACCAGGUGUUCGAGGUGGAAAUCACCAAACAGUACCGCAAGCUGGAAUUCAGAGAAGACAUUAAGAAGCUCUACCGUUUGACCGGCGUGGACAACAAGCCCACCGUCUUCCUGUUCAACGAUACCCAGAUUGUGGUCGAAUCCUUCCUGGAGGACAUCAACAAUAUCCUAAGCUCUGGAGAAGUCCCCAACCUGUAUAAGCAGGACGAGUUUGUGGAGAUCUGCAACGCCCUGUCCGACGCCGCUAGAAAGGAGAAUGUGUUGGAGACGCCCAACUCUUUAUUUAGCUUUCUGAUAGAGCGGGUCAGAAGCAACAUGCAUGUUGUUCUCUGCAUGAGUCCAGUGGGAGACCCCUUCAGAAACCGAAUCCUGCAAUACCCGGCUCUCGUGAACUGCACUACCAUCGACUGGUUCUGCGAGUGGCCCAAGGAUGCUCUGCUGGAGGUUGCCGAGCGCUACUUGGAAAGACUGGAUCUGGGAUCCGCUGAGAACGUCAAGACCAAGGUGGCCUCCAUCUUUGUGACGACACAUCAGUCAGUGGUGACCGGCUCGGGGAAGAUGAAGCUGGAGCUGAAAAGACAUAAUUACGUGACACCCACCAACUACCUGGAGCUGGUGUCUGGAUACAAGAAGCUUCUGGGAGAGAAGCGCUGUGAACUGGGGGAGCAGGUCAACAAGCUGAAAAACGGACUUUUUAAGAUCAGCGACACGGGCGAGAAGGUGGCCGCCAUGACCGUGCAGCUGGAGGAGUCCAAUCGGCAAGUGGCCGACUACCAGAAGGAGUGCGACGAGUACCUGACCGUCAUCGUACAGCAGACGAGGGAAGCCGACACUCAGCAGAAGACGGUGGGUGCCAAAAAGGAGAAGAUUUCAGCAGAGGAGGCUCAAUGCAAAGCUCUGGCGCAGGCCGCAUUAAAAGAGCUGGACGAAGCCCUGCCGGCCCUGGAUGAGGCCACCAAGGCGUUGGAGUCUCUGAACAAGAAGGACAUGACAGAGAUUAAGUCAUACGGUCGUCCUCCUGCUCUGGUGGAGAGGGUCAUGCAGGCGGUCAUGACACUUCUCAAUAAGGAGCCUACGUGGGCAGAAGCCAAGAGACAGUUGGGUGAGGCCAACUUUAUCAAAACCCUGAUCAACUUUGACAAGGAAAACAUAUCGGACCGUGUUUUGAAGAGGAUCGGCAACUACUGCAGGCAGCCCGACUUCCAGCCAGACAUCAUCGGCAAAGUGUCUCUGGCUGCCAAGUCGCUUUGCAUGUGGGUCAGAGCCAUGGAGGUCUACGGAUGCGUCUUCAGGGUAGUGGAGCCAAAGCGGGAGCUGCUCAACGCCGCCGAGUCCCAACUCGCACAGAAGCAAGGCGAACUGGCCGAGUCCGAGAACAAACUGAAAGAGGUGGCGGACACGCUGAUGCGGCUCAACAAACAAUAUGGGGAGAAAGUGGCCACCAAGGAAGAUCUGAAGAGGAGGUCAGACGAGAUGGAAGUGAAACUGGACCGAGCCGACAAGCUGGUGAAAGGUCUGGCCGGGGAGGGUGUCCGCUGGGAGCAGACGGUUAAGGGUCUUGAAGAAAACAUGGGCUUCCUGGUUGGAGAUUGUUUGCUGGCAGCGUCAUUUCUCUCCUAUAUGGGCCCCUUCCUUUCCAACUAUCGAGUAGAUCUGCUUCAAGUCUGGAUGACAGAGGUCCAGCGCCAGAAGAUCCCUUGCACUCCAGGCUUCAGUUUUGCAACGUUCCUCUCAAACCCCACAGCAGUCAGGGACUGGAACAUUCAAGGCCUGCCUUCUGAUGCUUUCUCCACCGAGAACGGCGUCAUCGUUACCCGUGGCAACCGAUGGCCGCUGAUGGUCGACCCGCAAGGCCAAGCUCUGAAGUGGAUCAAGAAAAUGGAGAUGAAGAAAGCAAGUCAUGGGUUAAAAUUAAUCGACUUUCAGAUGUCGGAUUACAUGCUUAUACUGGAGAGCGCCAUCCAGUUUGGGAAUCCUGUCUUGCUGCAGAACGUCCAGGAGGACUUGGACCCGUCUCUCAACCCAGUUCUCAACAAGUCCUUGACACGAAUAGGUGGCAGGCUAUUGUUGAAGUUGGGCGACAAGGAGUUGGACUAUAGUCCGGAAUUCCGUUUCUACAUCACCACCAAACUGUCGAAUCCUCACUAUACCCCGGAGAUAUCAACAAAGACCACCAUUGUCAAUUUUGCCGUCAAGGAGCAGGGUUUGGAAGCCCAACUCCUCGGCAUUGUGGUGCGUAAGGAACGUCCAGACCUGGAAGAACAAAAGGACAACCUGGUGAUGAGCAUCGCUUCGGGAAAGCGAAGCCUGCAGGAGCUGGAGGAUGAGAUCCUCAGGCUGCUGAACGAGGCAAGCGGCUCCUUGCUGGACGACGUGCAGCUGGUCAACACCUUGCAGACGUCCAAAGUGACGGCCACUGCCGUUUCAGAGCAGCUGGAGCGUAGCGAAGUGACGGAAAUCAAGAUCGACACCGCUCGAGAGGCCUACCGUGCGUGUGCUCAGCGGGCGUCCAUCUUGUUCUUCAUCCUCAAUGACAUGGGCCGCAUUGAUCCCAUGUACCAGUUCUCACUGGAUGCUUACAUCAACCUGUUCAACUUGAGCAUUGAGAAGAGCAAGAGCAGCCUAAAACUGGAGGAACGGAUCGUCAACCUCAACGACUACCACACAUAUGCCGUGUACAAGUAUGCCUGCCGGGGUCUGUUUGAGAUGCACAAGCUCCUCUUCAGCUUCCAAAUGUGCGCCAAAAUCCUCGAGGUGGCCGGCACACUCAACAUGGACGAGUAUAGCUUCUUCCUCCGUGGCGGGAUUGUACUUGACAAGAGGGCUCAGUUGGAAAAUCCAUGCAGUAGUUGGCUUGUGGAUUCCAGCUGGGACAAUGUCACAGAAUUGGACAAGCUGGCCAACUUCCACGGCAUCAUGGGCUCAUUUGAGAAACAUCCACGGGACUGGAAGCUUUGGUUCACCAGUGCGGAGCCUGAGAAGUCCCCUCUACCAGGUGACUGGGAGAACAACUGUAACGAGCUCCAGAGGAUGCUCAUCGUCCGUUCUCUGCGGCCGGACCGCGUCUUGUUCUGCGCGACCACCUUCAUCGUCAACUAUCUGGGCCCUCGCUUUGUGGAGCCACCUGUUCUUGACAUGAAGGCUGUCGUGGAGGAAUCCACGUGCAUGACUCCUCUGGUUUUUGUCUUAUCUCCCGGCGUGGAUCCCACCGGAGCCCUGCUGCAGCUCGCCGAGACAAGCGGCAUGAGUAAACUCUUCCACGCGCUCUCUCUGGGUCAAGGCCAGGCGCCCAUCGCCAAGAAAAUGAUCGAAGAGGGAGUCAAAAAGGGUCACUGGGUCUUUCUGGCCAACUGCCACUUAUCUCUCUCCUGGAUGCCCGAGCUGAACAAGCUAGUGGAGCAGCUGGAGGUCCAGAAGCCCCACGUAGGCUUUCGACUAUGGCUCAGCUCUUCGCCGCAUCCUGAGUUUCCCAUCAACAUCCUGCAGGCGGGCAUCAAGAUGACCACGGAGCCGCCCAAGGGCGUGAGAGCCAACAUGAAGCGUUUAUACCACCUGGUGACCGAGGCUCAGUUCACCCGCUGCGCCAAACCCGUCUUCUACAGGAAGCUGCUCUUCUCCCUCUGCUUUUUUCACAGCAUCCUGCUGGAAAGGAAGAAAUUCCUGCAGCUGGGCUGGAACAUCAUCUACGGUUUCAACAAUUCAGACUUUGAGGUGAGCGAGAAUCUUCUGAGUCUGUACCUGAACGAGUAUGAGCAGAUACCGUGGGACGCCCUCAAGUAUCUCAUCGCCGAGGUCAACUACGGAGGUCACGUGACAGACGACUGGGACCGACGCCUUCUCACCACGUACAUCAACGACUAUUUCUGCGAAGCUGCCGUCACUGAGGCUGACUUCAAAUUGUCAACUCUAUCUGCCUAUUACAUCCCCCACGAUGGUCCCCUGUCCUCCUACAAGGACUUCAUCAACAUGCUGCCCACCCACGAGCACCCCGACUUGUUUGGCCAGCACCCAAACGCCGACAUUGCCAGCCAGAUCGCCGAGACCAGGUCUCUGUUCGACACCCUGUUGUCCCUGCAGCCACAGGUGACCAGCGCCAGUACGGCGGGGGCCGGUCCCAGUCGUGAGGACAAGGUUCUAGAUCUUUUGGGGGAUGUGCGUCAGAACAUUCCGGCCAUCAUUGACUAUGAAAGCGCCAGCUCGCACUUCCUGGAUCCUACACCCCUGGAUGUAGUUUUGCUGCAAGAGAUCCAAAGAUACAACGCCCUGCUGAGCAUGAUCAAGUCAUCUUUACUGGAGCUGGAGAAGGGAAUCAAAGGCUUGGUGGUGAUGUCAUCCAGCUUGGAGGAGACCUUCAACUGCAUGUACGACGCCAGAGUGCCGCCGCUUUGGGAGAAGGCUUACCCCUCGCUCAAGCCCCUGGCAGCCUGGACCCGUGACCUCUGCCAGCGGGUUCUUCAGUUUUCACGCUGGGCCCAGCUGGCGCAGCCCCCCGUCUUGUUCUGGCUUUCCGGUUUCACCUUCCCCAACGGCUUCCUCACCGCCGUGUUGCAGUCGGCCGCCCGUCAAAACAAGGUCUCAGUUGACACUCUAUCGUGGGACUUUACAGUGUCUAGUCUAGAGGACACUCACAUCCAGAACCCACCAAAGGAUGGCGUGUACGUGCGAGGUUUGCACCUGGAGGGCGCCGCCUGGGAUAAAAAGGCCACGUGCCUGGUGGAGGCCAAGCCCAUGCAGAUGGUGUGUCCCAUCCCCGCCAUCAACUUUAAGCCCGUGGAGAACCGCAAGAAGAUGGCCAAGAACAUGUACCUGUGCCCUUGCUACUACUUUCCCAUACGAUCGGGCGGGGCGGGCAGGGCCUCCUUCGUGAUCGCCGUGGAGCUGAAAUCCGGCAAUGUCAGUCCGGAUCACUGGAUCAAGAGGGGGACAGCGCUCCUCAUGAGCUUGGACAGCUGACAUACUCGCAUACUCUGGACACCAUCCACUUUCUUUGUUUUUUUGUUUGUUUGCUUUUCUUUGUUGUUUUUUUCCCCCCACCUACACAAAGUCCUUUCCCUGGAAAAAAAGAAAAAGAAAAAACAUGCAGUGGUUAAUCAAGGUGAGGGACGUCUAUUUUCAUGCAAAUUUUGACCAAGUCCAAGCUACGAGGGGAGGGAAAAAUGAAGCUAUUCAAACAAAUGAAUUUUAAUGAAGCCUCUCAGGCUAGACACAAUCUUUCAGGCCCACAUAUCCCCACCGGUCAGGGAGGCACAGGAGAAAGUGAGUUGGAAGAAGAAUAGAGCCAAUGGGGGGGGGGGGGGAUUCAAGGUCGUAUUCAGACUCAAGGAUUGUCCCCUGAAAGCUCAAACAGACUUCCUUUGGCUUGAAGAGGCUCUUUAUCAGAGCAGGCUCAUUCUGUGCGGAGCCACUGGUGGUCUCCAUGUGGGUGGGAGAUUCAAAUUAAAAUUCCGUCCAUUUUCUCUUCCGCUUGUCCUCAUUAGGAUCGCUGGAGAGCUGCAGCUGACGUUGCGCCAGAGGACGGGAUACAUCCGGGACAUGUUGUCAGCCAACCGCAUCCGCAUGUACAGUAAUAUUCAUACCUAUAGUAUACGACCAUAAAGAUCAACAUUCAAAUACUGGAAUGUAGUAGCCCCCCCCCCCCAAAAACAGAUGGAUGUGGUUUUCUUCCCAAAAUGUUCAACAGUGUUAUUAUUAGCCAGGGUAAAACUAAUUGGAACCAGUGCACUUAAAAGAACCCAAAAGGAACAUUGGCACUGCUUUUAGAAGUGUUCCAACAGUACUUAUGUUCUGAUUUCCCCAAAACAAAUUGAUUGAAUUUUCAAAAUGGAUGAUCCGAGCCAGAUGUGGAAAAAUACGUUGUGAUUCAAUUAAGUAUUGCACAUAAGAUUUCAAAAAAAUGCAAAUGCACUGGCGUCAAAUGAAUUACAACAGAAAUGUGCUUAAAAAUUAUACUGUUCAUAAAAAGUAUAAAAAAAAAAUCCAAAUGGAAAAUGAUGUGAAUACAAUAUUU